AUGCCGAAGAAAGUCAACGAUGGCGACGUCGCCGCUGCUCCUGCAGCUGAGCACGCUGACCAAAUAGACACCAUCACUCCUGUUAAAGAAACCGAUAAAGCCGCGUUGUUCCUCAAGCAAAUGUCCGUGACGGGACCUAUAAUCUUCACACCCGAGGAAGAAAAGGCCGUUCUCCGAAAGAUAGACUGGAGAAUCCUGCCCCUCAUCCUCAUAGCAUAUUUCUUCCAGCAACUCGACAAGUCCACUCUUUCGUAUUCUUCUGUUUUCGACAUCACCACUGACGCCAAUCUCCACGGAACGCAGUUCUCAUGGCUUGGUUCGUCUCUAUACCUCGCCCAGCUUGUCGCCCAGCCUCUUGCUGCCCUGACUCUUGUCAAACUGCCUACCGGAAAGGUCAUCGCUGGUGCUAUCUUCCUCUGGGGUUCGUCUCUUUGCAUCAUGAGUGCUUGUACGACUUUCAAGACGCUCCUGGUUAUGCGAUUGUUUUUGGGGACUUUUGAGUCUCUUAUUGCUCCCUCUCUUAUUGCUGUUACGCAGAUGUGGUGGAAGAGAAAUGAACAGACUCUGCGAACCUCUUACUGGAGCGGUAUGAACGGAUUGACAUUCAUCAUCGGCAGUCUCUUCACGUUCGGACUUGGUCACAUCCAGAGCAGCGCUCUCUUCUCCUACCAGAUUAUCUUCCUCUUCUGCGGUGUUCUUACCGUCGCCUACUCAAUCCCUGUUUACUUCCUCAUGCCCGACUCCCCGAUGGAAGCCAAGUUCCUCAGCGAUAGAGAAAAGGUCGUCACUAUCGAAAGACUCCGAUCAAAUCAAAUGGGUAUUGUUUCCCGGCAGUGGAAGUGGGAACAUGUGAAGGAAUCCAUUCUUGAUCUCAAGACCUGGUGUUGGUUCUUCCUCGUCAUCACUAUUUCCAUCCCCAGUGGUGGUAUCAGCACUUUCGGAUCACUCAUCGUCAAAUCCUUUGGCUACAACAAGUUCCAGACCAUCCUCUUCAACAUACCCUUCGGAGCAGUCCAGAUGUGCGCCAUUAUUGGGUCCGGCUGGCUCGCCACCAGACUCGGGCGUAAGGGUCCUAUCAUUAUGCUUCUUUGCAUUACUCCCAUCGUCGGAUGUGUCUUGCUUCUCAAGAUCCCCCACACUGACGACAAGAAGGGCAUUUUGCUGUUCGCCUACUAUAUUAUCUCUGUCUACCCCGGAAUCACGCCUCUGAUCUUUGCUUGGGAGGCCCAAAAUACCGCUGGCGAUACCAAGAGAAAGGUCACCACUGGUGUCAUGUUCGUUGGCCUAUGCACUGGCAACACACAAAGUAUCGUCACCCUCUAUCUGUUUUUCCUCAACAAAUCUCACGCCCGCAGGCGCUUAGCUCUUGGCAAGUCUGAGGUUAUUGUUGAUCGGUCCAUGCUUCAGACUUCUGCUGCCGCUGAGCUCGAGAGUAAUGAAGAAAUGGUAGCACAUGAUCAUGACUUUGAGGAUAUGACGGACCUCAAGAAUGAGGAUUUUAUCUUUGUGUAUUAA